CGGCCCGUGAUGCACCGCGGCGGGGCGCGUGGCCGGGCCCGCGCACUCGCAGCCGCCGCCGUGUUCGAAGUUGGAGUCGCGCGCGAUGCGGCGCUGAGGAGGCCGCGCCGCCGCCGCUGCCACCCCUGAGGCCGCUGCCACCCCUGAGGCCGCUGCCACCCGGCCCCGCUCGCUCCCGCCAUGUCUGCCGGCUUCUCCUUCGGCGCGGGGACCCUGGGCUCCGCGGCUGCCGCCGCCGCCGCCGGGACCGGAGGAGGGGGCGGAGGCUUUUCCUUCGGAGCCGCCGCGCCGAGCUCAACAGGAGGACUUAAUUUUGGAACUCUGGGCUCUUCCACUGCUACAGCAACUACAUCAGCUCCUUCAGUGGGCUUUGGAACGGGACUUUUUGGAUCAAAAUCGACUACUGGCUUUACGCUAGGAGGCACCAGUACAGGAACAGCAACAACUAUUGCUACAGGACUGACACUAGGCACGCCUGCCACCACAUCAGCAGCUACCACAGGCUUUAGCUUAGGUUUCAACAAACCUGCAGGUUCCGCUACACCAUUUGCUUUACCUGUUACUUCUACCUCAUCGGGUGGCCUAUCAUUAUCAUCUGCUCUUACAUCAACUCCUGCAGCAGGAACUACAGGCUUUACAUUAAAUUUGGGUGGUACGACUGCUCCAACUACAACUGCCUCCACAGGCCUUUCCUUAGGAGGAGCCUUAGCAGGUUUAGGAGGUUCGCUGUUCCAGAAUACAAGCACAGCAGCAACAGGGCUUGGGCAGAAUGCUUUGAGUUUAACUUUGGGGACAACUGCAACUCCUUCAACUACUGCCAAUGAAGGUCUCGGUGGCAUUGAUUUUAGUAGUUCUUCAGACAAAAAGAGUGACAAAGCAGGAACAAGACCAGAAGAUAGCAAAGCACUAAAGGAUGAAAAUCUACCUCCGGUAAUCUGUCAAGAUGUAGAAAAUCUACAGAAAUUUGUGAAAGAGCAAAAACAAGUUCAGGAAGAAAUUAGUAGAAUGUCCUCUAAAGCAAUGCUUAAAGUGCAAGAAGACAUUAAAGCUUUGAAACAACUUCUGUCUGUAGUUGCCAGUGGAUUACAGAGAAACACUCUUAAUAUUGACAAGCUGAAAGUGGAAACUGCACAGGAACUAAAGAAUGCAGAAAUAGCUUUACGAACACAGAAAACUCCUCCUGGUCUCCAGCAUGAAAAUACAGCCCCAGCAGACUACUUCAGAAUCUUGGUUGAGCAGUUUGAAGUACAGCUGCAGCAAUACAGGCAACAAAUAGAAGAACUGGAAAAUCAUCUUGCUACUCAAGCGAAUAAUUCACACAUAACUCCACAAGACUUGUCUAUGGCUAUGCAGAAAAUCUAUCAAACAUUUGUAGCUUUAGCUGCACAACUUCAAUCAAUACAUGAAAACGUAAAGAUGCUCAAAGACCAAUACCUUGGCUACAGGAAAACCUUUCUGGGAGAUGCCAUGGAUGUAUUUGAGGCAAGACGAACAGAAGCUAAGAAGUGGCAGAGCGCGCCACGUGUUACCACUGGACCGACCCCUUUCAGCAACAUACCAAAUGCAGCAGCCGUUGCGAUGGCUGCAACACUUACUCAGCAGCAACAGCCUGCUACAGGGCCACAGCCAUCUCUGGGAGUUAGUUUUGGAACGCCAUUCGGCUCAGGUAUUGGCACUGGCUUGCAAUCAAGUGGCUUAGGUUCUUCAAGCCUUGGAGGAUUUGGAAGUAGCUCUGCCUUUGGAAGUAGUGCCCCAGGAGCAUCGUCAUUUGGGUUUGGAACUACAAGUAAACCAUCAGGAAGUCUAAGUGCAGGCUUUGGCAGCUCGACUACAUCUGGGUUUAACUUCAGCAAUCCCGGCAUCACAGCAUCAGCUGGCCUGACAUUCGGGGUGUCUAAUCCUGCAUCUGCAGGCUUUGGGACAGGAGGGCAACUUCUUCAGCUGAAGAAACCUCCAGCCGGAAACAAGCGAGGAAAAAGAUAGGCACCCCUUUUAGGGAAGGGGAAGUGAAUCAACUUUGUUCAUCUGAAAAGUCUAUUUUUCUAGAUUGAUGCAUUAAUUAAAUUGCAUCCCAGGAGAUUUGUAAAAAAUUUUGCUACUUUUCCCUAAUCUGAAAUAAAAAGAUAAGUCAUAUUGAACAGCUAUUUUCUUGUGAAUAGAAACCUGUUUCUGUAUUUUUAUUUUUGGCCCUAGUUUUAGAAAUGUUCUAUACUGCAUUAUUAUUGAAGAAUCUUGUAAAACCAUCUAUAUAACCUGAUGUUAGUAGCAGAAUAUUUUUUUGUUAAUAAGCUUUAUACCAUAUGAAUAUAUGCAUAUUUGUUUUUUGUACAGAUAAAAUAUAUUCUAGUACAAAUACUAGAGUUCAUAUCUUCUGUUCCUGGAUAUGGCCUUUAAUCUACUUCAGGGUGUUUUUGUGUAUAUGGAUGUAAAUAUAUACAGUACAGCGCACACAUCUGUGUGUAUGUAUGUGUAUAUAUAUGUGUAAAAUACAGAUGUGCAAACCUUGCCCUGUAGACAGUUUUCUUUGUGUGUGCUGUUUCUCCACGUUGCCCUGUGGUCCCAUAUCUUGGUGUUCCCAGGAGUUUCAAAUAGUGGGUCCCAGGUGAUAUCAUCAUUGCUUCUUAUGUUUUGUUUAAGACCAGCUGAAAUACUAUGUUUACUAUUUCAUGAGGUUUGGUAAAUAGUGGUUAGUAGCUGGAUUUUUUUUUAACCUUUUUUGACCCAUUUAGCAGCCAACUCUAAAGAAGAAUCUGAAAUUUUAACACUGACAUUUCAUAGAUAAUGAUCCCAAACUGAUUGAUUUUGGUUUUCCUUCUGAGCUGAACAGUAGUACAUGGCAGGAUUUCAGCUGAAAGCUCAGGGUGCCACAAGAUCUGUGUGCAAGCAGAGAGUUGUUGGGCUGGAUGAGUGUUCUCUGGAAUUAGAGAAGAAAGGAUAUGCUAUUCUAAUGAAAACCUAAAUUAGGUGUUCCAAAAUGGAGUUGAUUCACUAGCUUCUCAUCUGUGCUACUACUGCCAUUUUGGCUACUACUGCCAAAAGCAGUUACGUAUCUGCUUUCAAUACAAUACAACAAUAAGUUGCUGCUAAAGAACAGAGGAGGAAAGUGAUGUAAUUUGAAGGGUAAACAGUAGUUUAUGAAUCUUGCAUAUUACAACAUCAGCGCUUCUUGUGCUGCAUCUCAAAUUCGGUGUGUACUAGAAACAGCUGGGAAAAUAUCUUGAGGUACUGCUUAUAUGAGAACUAAUAGAUCAAUUGAAUACUUGCAAAUCAACAUACAGAUUGAAGUGUGAACAUAGAACUUUGGAGCCAAAUUGCUUUUUAGGUAGGUGGUUUUUUAUACAACAUGCAUCAAAUGAAUACAACAUGCAUCAAAUGAAUAUUCACAAUCAUUUUCAAAAAAGCACCUUUUUUGGUAAGCAGUUGCAGUGCAUAAGACUUUUCUGGUACCAGGUCAUUUGUUUUCUGUUGUUGAAGUGUUAUUACCAUUUUGUAUGUUUUGGAAAUGUUGACUGCAUUCAGCAGUGUUUUGCUCUUUGACAGGUGUUCAGUUUGUCACUUAAUCUGAUAACCUUAAGGGAAACCGAGCGCAGAAUUCUUCACUUUUGUACUUGUAUGUUAUUGCAUCUUUGUGUGCAGUCUCUUAGCAAGGGAUAUAACCUGGGUUUAUAUGUCUCAGAAAAAUAAAGCUUACAGUUUAUUUUGGUUUCAACCUUUUUUUAAAUUUUUAUUGAGCUGCAGUCAAAACUAAUGUUUAUAUUCCUCUGUUAAUGCUUUUUUUUUUUAAAUAGUUAAUAUGUUAAACCACUGGAUUCUCUUGUAAUGUAUUAAUUUGUGAAACUAAUUCUAAAUGUGUACUGUUUGUCCAUCUGUGCAACUUACCGUUGUGCAAACAAUAAAACAGUAAUGCUGUGAUCCUUGU